AUGUCGGAUGAUCCAAGGCAGUUUCUUAGUAUGCCAGAAGAAGCCCAGCAUAUGGUAUUGGUUUGUACCAAUACAUUGGCAUGGGGUGUAAACCUUCCAGGUCAUCAUCUGUUCAUUAUUGAGGGAACAGAAUAUUAUGAUGGGAAAACAAAGAGAUAUGUUGAUUUUCCAAUAUCAAUCACAGAUAUAUCGCAAAUGAUGUUGCUCCGAUUCUACAAGAAAGAUGAGAGGUAUAGCCGUGAGUCUCAAGUAGGCCAGUCCACAGUUUCUCAGGUGACUUGGAGAUUCAUUGAAGCAUUGGAAGAACGUGCCAAGCACCAUCUCAAGUGGCCUGAUUCCAACAGAAUGGAAGAAAUAAAGUCCAAACUUGAAGAAGCCUUUGGAUUGCCCAAUUGUUGUGGAGCCAUAGAUGGUACACAUCAUUACGACCCUUCCUACCGUUCAAACAUCAGACGAUUGGUGUGA